AUGAAGGGUGCUGUAGGUGUUGUGGAAAGCCUUGAAUUAUCUUUUCGAUUUAAGGGUAGGGAUAAAUUAGUAUCUGGUAGUGAUAAAGUUUUAAACGAUUUUGUAGUAUGCAAAGAACCUAAAGCUGAUCUUGUAUUAGGAAUGCCAUGGUUGUGGUUGCGUGAAACAAAAAUCGAUCCUCAUGGUGAAAGAAUUUCAAUCUAUGGUGGAGUUAUACCAUUUUGCAAGAAUCCGGAGUCAAUUUAUAUUUCAUCCGAUGAGACGGAGAGUGAUACAUCUAAUUUUCACAAGUCUCCUCAUUCCAACUCGCGCCAAAAGAACAAGUGUAAGAAAGGUAAAGUAUCACUUCGUGAGUCUAUAUCCGACCUAUCUGCAAAAGAUAUUGAAAAUGCGAUUAAAUCAGUAAUAGAUCCUAAGAAUCAGAUUUAUGAUCCCCUAUCUUCUGAUAGCGAUUCAACACCUAGUUUGGGAAUAAAAGUUAAACGUGUGCAUAAGAAACGUCCCAUUCUAAAGCGUAAAGUAAAAGGUAAAGUCAAUUAUCGAGGUUUCUAUUAA